AUGUGGAGGAAGGCAACGGUAGCUUUCCUGCUAGCUAUCAUAGGACACUCCACAACGGCGGAAGCAUCAUGUUACUUUCCGCAGGAGUUUCAGGGCGAAUUCGUCCUGCAGAAUACCGUCACAGCAGGAAUGGGAAUCCAAUACAGCACGCUGAACAUAACAGAUAACUCCAUUCCCAUUUGGGGAAACUGCCACAGGAGGAUUGGGAACAAUUUCAUACUGAUGUUCAAUUACAGUGAAACCCUUUGCGUCAGAUGUUUACAUCUGAAAUUGCGUUCAUCCAACGUUCUUCAAAUAUUUGCAACGGACCCAGAAACAAUAUCGAAAUGCUACACAAACGAAGAAUCAGCGGAAGCAAACUGUCCUUCUGAAGAAUCUCUGGCAGCCCGAGAAACAGCGGAAAUAUUAUUAUUCAAAACAAGAGAUCACUUCGGAUCCUACAUAACGAAACAAUAUUGUCCUAUCGACGGUAACUAUCACCUCAACUACAAAGGUCUUAAGACGACCAAACGUUACAACUCUGGCUUCAAUGAAUGUUAUGGAUUUGACUCCAUGGUGAACUCAUGUCCUUCUGGUUCUACUCUGAACUUCAGGAUGAAGAACUGCACAUUUGAGAGUCACGAUAUAAAAUUCGAGUGUCUUGGCCACUGGAAGGGAAUGGAUGAUGAAGUCUUCAUGAUAUUCACUGACAGCAGACAUCUGAACAACAUGAGACCGAAAUACAGAUGUGCAGUAUACAAACAAGAUAGAAAGUCCGGGAAGAUCCUUAUGGCGCUCAGCAGAGACUCUACAUGCACUACAGACCUCUAUAAUAUCACCAGUGGGUUCGAAACAUUUGUUCUCUCGCCUAAAGCUGAAGAACCAUGGCCAGCAGAAGUUUCUUUUGGCGUCUGCAGCUUCCCUAAAUGGAUGGAUGGUAACUGGGAACACGUCAGAGUUCGGGAUGACACUAUGGUGUACAAGGACCAUUCUUCUUUCAAAACACACACUAUCAAAUGUGUAGGAGUACUUGAAGAUAGUGAUAAGUACCUAGUAUUCAGCAGAACUCAGUGCAACGAGGAAUCCUAUAAUUGCUUGAGGAUUGCCAACAGGAGCAAUAAUAUCCUAGAAUUCCAAAUUGGCACCAACACCAGUGAUAACAAAGACGUGUUCACACUUUGUGCAGAUGAAAACUUCCAGGAAGACUCAUGGAUAACCCAAGGACGUCUGGAAAUCUCCCCUGGAAUAUCCACUGGCAUGUGCCCUAUAACGGGAGAGUACACAGGGCGUAUCCCAGAUGCCACCGAUCUCUGUGCGAAGCUAUGGUCAGAUUGCAGAGCCCCAGAGCUGAUGUACUAUCAAGUAUCUCACUGUGAAACCGAGGAAAUUUACGAAGAAAGGGAAUACCAAUGUCUUGGACACUGGAGUGAGUCCAACCUUCUAUACACUUACACGCAAAGAAAGGACGUCGCAGCUGGAACCUAUGAGUGUUUUGUGGGUUCCAUCAUCAAUGACCAAGAGAUUUAUAUCAAGGAAGCUGGCGAACAUUGUCAACGGCAUGUCGAUCCUUUGAGAUAUGGGAUGAAACUCAUCAAGAAACAGCCGUUGUAUUCCUGUAUUGAAAGAAGUACAACUGCUAAGCAUGUCCCAAGGAUAACUACUCAAAGGCCGAAGCCUAGGUUUUCAACAACAUAUACUCCUAGGCGGACAACGGGAAGUCAAGAUUUUGAUACAAACGAAAUUCCACAAUCUACCAAUGAGAAUAAAAAUGCAGCAGUUGUCAUUCUACCACCCUCAUGUUGUUUAUAUCUCAUGAUAUGUUUAUUCACAAGAAUAAUUUUCAUAUUGGAUGUGUAAGAAUUAUCUUCAUAUUUAUUUAUGAAUUAUUGUCUUCAAUGAAUGACAAUAUAUUAUGAAGCUGAUCUUGCCAGAAUUACGAAUUACCUACCAAAAUCUCAGGUUUUGUGAGAAAAUACAAGGUUUACCUGAAUGUCAUAUUAAUAAUGAAGAAGUUUAUAUCAACAUGUCAUAACUUGCAUGGGGUUGAAAUUGAAAAUAUGUUUUCAACGAAUUUCUAGAAAUCUUUGCAAUAGAAAAUUGAGAUAUUCUAGUGAAUUAUUUGUACCUUGAGAAGUAUGAAUAAGAUUGGUGCAAAUUAUGAUGGCGCUGUUGGGGGAUAUAAAUGUUUUUAUUUGCCCAACAUCGGUUACGAUAGAAAUUGAGAGAAUUCACGAGGCACUGACCAGAUUAAAUUUAGCCAUUCUGAAAGCUUAUUAUCGUUU